AAAAACAGGAGGCGGCAGACUAUCCCGGAAGUGCUGGGAGCCGUUGAUCCGCAGCGGAUCAUCGCCAGCCUGGUCCAGCCAAUCACAGCUCAGCACAGACUGAUGACAUCACCUUCUCCUUCUGCUGUUUCCUGCCCAUAAAAGGAGCUGUUCCUCUAACAUGGCUGACCUCUGGCAGAACGCCAUGGACCACGCUGUUGCCGUGGCUCGCCGAGCCGGAGAGGUGGUGCGUGAGGCUCUGCUGGGUGACAGGGAGGUGAUGACGAAGAGUUCAUCGGUGGAUCUGGUCACACAAACGGAUCAGAAAGUGGAGAAACUCAUCAUCCAAUCAGUGAAGGAGAAAUUCCCCUCACACAGGUUCAUAGGGGAGGAGUCUGUGGCUGCAGGUGAACCCUGCCUUCUGACCGAUGAGCCCACCUGGAUCAUCGACCCGAUCGACGGGACCACAAACUUUGUUCAUGGGUGA